UAAAUUAACGUAGUAGUCAAACGUCAAAAUCGUUUCCUGAAAUGAAGAAAAUAUUCGGUGCCCUUUUACUUUUGGGCAUUUUGAAACUGUACCUGCUGUACACCAGUCGGUACAGCUUCAGCGAUUUUGCCCCAAAAAACCAAAAAAAGCGGUAUUUGAUUGAAACCCCAAAAUGCCGAAUUUUGGACGUGUCGCCGUUCGACCCCCAAGUCAUGCCGCACUUCAAGCGCGAGUUUUACAAGUUCUGUGGCCCUUUCGGGCUUUUGACUUACGUCACGGUUGAGAAUAAAACGGCCACUCUGCACAUUAACGAAACAGUUGCGAGGAGACACCGCCGAAGUUUCAGGUGUCUCUACCAGAACCUUGCCGAAAUCGAGUUCAUGUACUAUAAGCUCCAAAAUUACCUUGAACAUCCGGCCUUUAUGCCGUUUAUUCCGUUCGAAAGAAACGUCACGUUUGAUUUUGAUUUUGUCGCCGUGAUUUGUUUGAGGGCCAAAAAGGUGUUUUAUGCCAACGUCCAUGCGCCCAUUGUUUUGAAAGAAAACAUAACCGAGAGACAGAAAUUGAUGAAAAACCGUGACCAAGCUUUCAGUGUUUUAAUCGUGGGAAUUGAAAGUAUGUCACGCUUGAAUUUCCUCCGAACUCUCCCUAAAACCCACCUACUCCUCGAGGAAAACAACUGGAUUUCCCUGAAGGGUUACAGCAAAAUCGCCGAUAACACACUCCCCAACCUUUUGGCCCUUCUGGCCGGCUUAGACGACCCCAAAACUUUCGAAAAUUGCGCCAACUGUUCGUUGCUUUUUUCCGAGUUUGGACAAGUGGGCUAUGCCACGGCUUACGCCGAAGACGAACCGUCCUUGGUUGGAAACCAACAAAUUUUCGAAAAAUUCCCCACCGACUAUAACUUCCACCCCUAUUUCCGAAUCAACGAAAAUCUCAAAAACCGCAAACGCCACGGUUUGAACUACUGCACAGGCCCGGAAAAUUCCGGUGAAAGAGUGCUAAACCUAGCGAAAAACUUCGCCCAAACUUUCAAAAACCGGCCCAGUUUUGGGCUCUUCUGGAUGAAGAGCUUUAGUCACAAUAACUUGAACCUGGCCUCUAGUAUGGACUCGAAAAUACGCGAUUUUUUCGUAAACAUUACCAAUUCCGGGAUUUUGAAAAACACUUUUGUGUUUUUUUUGAGUGACCAUGGGUUACGUUUUGGUAGUUUUCGCGAGACUGCGAUGGGUUGGCUUGAGGAACGAUUGCCGUUUGUUUAUAUUUGGGUCCCUGUGAUUUUUCGGGUCAAUUUCCGGAAGCAAUAUCACAGUCUUGAAGAUAAUAGCGAUAAGUUGACAACGCCCUAUCACCUCUAUAUGACCCUGCAGGAUAUUCUAGUCCUGUCGAAGCAAAAUUACGGGAUAAAGGCGAGUCAAGCGUGUCCCAAUUGUCGCUCGUUGUUUGAAAGUUUCGAAGAUAGAACUUGUGAAGAGGCAGGGAUUGAUUAUCACUGGUGCGCUUGUAAUGACUAUAUAGCCCUUAACACUGAGGCGAAUUUUGUCACAAUUUUGUCAGAAUACGUCCUGCGAUACAUCCACACCAUGAUUUUUGACCAAGGUGGUGAGAAAAAGUGUUUAAGAUACAGUAUAACAAGGAUCAUCUCUGUGAGCAUUUCGGAUAAUCACAAGAACAUUUUAUUGAUUUUUGAGACUAGUCCUAAGGCCGUUUUUGAAGUCACAGUGUUGUAUACGCCAGGACGUGGUCAAACUUAUAGUGUCAAGGGUGGAAUUAGCAGACUUGACAACUAUGGUGAGCACAGCGACUGUACUUCAAAUCGUUUGUUACGAAAACUUUGUUAUUGUCGUUGAAAUGAAAAAAUAUUUCUUGUUUUUUUA